AUGGGUAGCAGCUCUUCCGCACUCAACUUUGGCGCUGGACCAGCAAAAUUGCCAAAAGAAGUUUUAUCAGAAGUACAAUCAGAGUUACUAUGCUAUCAAAACUGUGGAAUGAGCAUAAUGGAAAUGAGUCACAGGGGAAAGGAAUACGACAAAAUUAACAACGAUGCACAAAAAACCAUUAGGGAAUUAUUAAAAGUACCGGACAACUACCGCGUGCUCUUCAUGCAAGGGGGCGGCUUGGGGGGCUUCGCCGCCAUCGCGAUGAACCUCAUCAACCGCACCGGCAGCGCCGACUACGCCGUCACCGGCACGUGGUCGGCCGCCGCCGCCAAAGAGGCCGCCAAGUACGGGACCGUCAACCUGGUGUUCCCCAAGGCCGACAAGCCGGGCGCCAUCCCGAACGAGUCCGCCUGGACCCGCAACCCCGACGCCUCCUACCUCUACUACUGCGACAACGAAACUGUAGACGGCGUGGAGUUCCACACGGUCCCGCAGACCCACCCCGACGUGCCGCUGGUGGCCGACAUGUCGUCCAGCAUCAUGACCAAGAAGGUGGACGUCAGCAAGUUCGGUUGUAUCUUUGGGGGAGCCCAGAAGAACAUCGGCCCAGCUGGGGUCGUCUUUGUUAUCAUCAGGGAGGACCUGCUGGGCAAGCCGAUGAAAAUUUGCCCCGCCAUCAUGGAUUUCACCAACAUCAACAAGGCCAACUCCGUGCACAACACUCCAGCCACCUUCUCAGUUUACGUGAUGGAAAAAGUCCUCCAAUGGAUCAAGAAGAUGGGUGGCGUUGAGGGCAUGGAAAAACAAUCCGAAGAAAAAUCAAAACUCCUCUACGACGCCAUCAACAAUUCCGACGGGUUCUACACUUCUCCCAUUGACAAGGAGGUGCAAAGCAGAAUCAACAUUCCCUUCAGGAUCGGAAGGCCAAACGGCAACGAAGAGCUCGAGAAGAAGUUCUUGGACGAGGCCGAGAAGCAGUACAUGUACCAGCUGAAGGGGCACAGGAGCGUUGGAGGGAUCAGAGCCUCGCUUUACAAUGCAGUCAGCUUGGCUGACGUCAAAAGCCUCGUAGAGCUGAUGCAACGAUUCAAGAAGGAAAACGACAAGUAA